AUGGAAGGGGGAUUUUGUUCGGAAUGUGUUGUUGCAAGUGCCCAAGUAGACAUGUAUGCAAAAUGUGGAGACAUACACGAGGAAUGUGAAAUGUAUGACAUACCUCAAAACAAUCUGUUCUCAUGCACUACAAUGAUUGCAGGAUAUGCACAAAAUGUUGUUCUCCAUGAGGUUUCAAGGUUUUCCGAACAAAUGCCUCAGAGAAACGUUAUCUUGUGGAAUGCAAUGAUUUCUGGAUAUGCGCAAAAUGGAUUUGUUGAUAAGGGUUUAAGAACAUUUAAGCAAAUGCAGUUGGCAAGCGUAAAGCCAGUCUCCACAGCCUUUAUCAGCACUCUCUCAGCCUGUCAAAAUGGAUUUUUAGAACAACGCAUGAACAUCCAUCUAAACGAUAUGCACAGAAUGGAUCUGUUGAAAAAAGCCUCGGAAACAUUUGAGCAAAUGCAAUUGGUAUGUGCAAAGCCAAACUUCAUAAGCUUCGCCAGCAUCCUUCGAGUCUGUGCCAAAAUAAAAGCUUUGGAACAGGCUAUGGACCAUCAAAGCAUGAAUGAAUGUGGAUAUUUGUCAGAUAUUAAAGUUGCAAGCACCUUUGUAGACAUAUAUUUAACAUUGUGGAAGCACAAGAUCGUAUCGACAAACAAUGGACAUCUAUGCAAAGAUGGGGUAAUAGUCGACCAGCCUUAA